AUGGAUACAGCGAAAAUUCAUUUGGAAAUAAAUGCAGGGAAAUGUAUUUAUGAUGGAAAUACUGUAAAGCCUGAUAAAAGAAAGGGGAAGUUGGUCCUUUAUAAAAUAUGUGAUAAUCUUUACAAUUUCCAGUGGAUUAACAGAGAAAAUAAUAAAGUGGAGGAUAAUUUGAUAUUAACAAAAAGUAUAUCGUUAGAGAAAGUAGAACAGUGCAAAACAGGGAGGGUAUAUAUACUUAGAAACAAAUUAAGAGGGGAGAUCUCUUUUUACUGGAUGCAAGAUUACGACGACUCUAAGGAUGAAGCAUUUGUGAAGAAGUUUAACUCUAUUAUAGCAAACGAUUUGGCAAAGGACGUUGGAAAUAAAAGAAGGUAUAACUCAAGUGAUUAUGCAUCUGAACUGACAGACUUAAUAUUUUCUCAAAAUAGAAAUAUACAGAAUGUAGACUCAAAAAAAGCAGUUUCUUUCAAGGAUUUAUUUGUAAGUGAGUAUUUUUCCAAGUUGCUGGAAAUACCCGAGGCCUUCGAAGAAUUAAAGAAGCACAUGCCGGAAGGAUACCAAAACAAGUACGACAUUGUAGACUUGAUAAAUAGUAGGGCAUUAACCCCAAACUUGAGGUCCCUUGAUAUGUCCUUACCAUCUCAUCUGAACUUUAUUUUGAUAUCGUUAAAUUUACCCCCGCACGAAGGCCAAAUAAAUGAUCCUAUGGAAUAUAUAGUUGAGUGUUUAGAAAAUAAAUACAAGAAUGAAGAAAAUAAUUAG